ACUUUUAGGAUUAGGCUUAAAACUUUCCCUUUUGAUAAAGCGUAUAGUUAGGGCUGUACAGGUGACCCCAAAUCCUCUCUUACUCAUGCUGCAAUACGUCUUGGCUGCUGGGGAAUUCCCAUGAUGCAUUGAGUCUUUCUUUUCAGUCAUCUUUCUCAAUCACUGUGCUUAUACACCUUUGCAUUCGGUUAUUAGUUAUUACAGUGGAACCCCGACUUACGAAUACCCCAUUUAACGAAAAAUUCAAGUUUCGAAAGCACUUAACAGCAAUAUUUCUGCCCAUGUUACGGCAAAAUGCCCACGUAACCAAAUCCGCUGGCUCUGAUUGGCUGAGCCCAGAAUGCCUACAAUGCCCACAAUGCCUUCCGAAUCAUGUGACAACCCCCUUGGCUUUCGUACUUGCGCUUCGCUGUUCCGCUUGAACGACGUAUUGUUGUUGCAGUUAGCAAUUAGCCUGUAGCCUAUCGUUCACUCAAAAGGCGCGAUGGGUGCUUCGACUUACGAAAAUUUUCGACUUACAAAAGACCCUUGGGAACGAAUUAAUUUCAUACAAACGACAGCUGAAGGCGCAAGGAAGGCAGGCAUGUCUCAACAUAAACCAGUUGCACGGGAAAUCCUUAUGAAUAAGUGAAGGUAGAAAGUUUAAAUGACAAAGAAUUGUAACAGCAGGAUUUCCACUGUGGGAGGACAGACAUAAAAAUGUUUGGGGGGUUUUUUUAGCCAAUACUUGGGAAGACAUUCUCACCCAGCUGUGAGUGUAUAUAAGGAGGUUCAGAGAUGAUGAACCUCACAGUCCUGCACACUCAGGCAGCUCAAGAAGGAGACGCACAGCAGCAGAGAUCCUUCAUAUCUGAGAAGAAAAAAUCAGUUGAAGACUGAGCCUUCAGUAGAUCCUCCACUCACUAAUUGAAAAGCUUUAAGAUGAAGACAAGUGUUGCCAUCCAGUGCAUCGUUCUCCUGGCCUGCAUGGCCCUUUGCACUUCACUAGUUAUUCCAAGGUGCCGGUGUUUGAAGAUCAGUAAGUCCAUAAGGGGGGCUCUCAUCGCUCAACUCAAGGUGGAUGAGCCUCGUCCACAUUGCAAUAAGAAAGAAGUCAUUGUCACACUGAAGGAUGGGCGUGAACAGUGUCUCGAUCCUGAGUCUAAAUUCACCAAAACGCUGCUGGAAAAACUGAAUCAGAUGAAAAAAACAGUCGUCAACCCCCAAAGAACCACAGCAUCAACCACAGUGCCAGAAUCAUCAUGAUCCAGUUUACGUGUUUAGUGCUGGUACAACAUGUGUGGAUCAAGAAGAAGGAGGAGCACAGAUUGGGUUCUCAUAGCAAAAUAUGAAUGCAAAGUAGACAGUGACGGCUACAAUGGACAGCAAGAUGUAAAUGGAUUUAAUAUCAGAUGUAAAAUAUUUAUUACCCAAAUUCUCAAUCAGAACUGAGUUUUUUCUGGAGACAAUCAGGGACGUUGCAAAGCUCAUCCUUGAGCCUAUCUUCAGAUUGAAUUUUUGAUUAAUAAGAAUAUAUUUUAUAAAAUGUAUGUUUUUGGGGGGUUUUUUGCUCUUAUUCAGUGCACAUGCAAAUGUCACUACAUGUUCACUAUUGUCUGUGAUAUUAAACUGUGAUAAAUAUGAGCAGUGGUUAUAGGUUAAUCUGUAAUUUAUCUAUUCUUUAAAGGAUUUGUAAACAAUGGAUACAGCAUGUUUAAGUACCAUGUUUAUUUUUAAUGCUGGGAAAUCCCUCAAAAUAAAUAAUAA